AUGGAGAUAAAGUACCUGAGAGAGUUCCUCAAAGUUACAGAGAAGAAACGCAACCAGCAUAUAGAAGUGAUGAAUCUGGUGAGGCAGAUCAGAAACGUGGUACUUGAAUUAGAGAACACCGUAGAAUUGUUCGUAGGUCGUGCUUACAAGCAGGUCGUAGGUUGUGCUGACAAGCAGGAUGAUCUUUCCCUAGACCUUGAAAGUGUCAAAAAAGAGAUCAAGACUCUUACAGCUAAGGUAAAGCAGAUGUACGACAAGAAUAUGUAUGACAUUAACGGAACAACAGUCAAAAAACUCAAGCACUCAUUUACCGGAUCAAGUGGAUCAGGAGGUUCAAGUUCAUCAGGAGGGAGAAACACAUCCAAAGAAGUAGAAGAGAAGACGGUGGUCGGUUUCAAGGAUGAGGUAGAGACAUUAAUGGGGAAGCUUCAUGAUAAUGGAGAGGGCGGAAGGCUGGAGAUUAUAUCAAUCAUCGGCAUUGGUGGAGGUGGCAAAACCACGUUGGCCAGAGAAGUGUAUGAUCAUUGUUUGACAUCACAGAAGUUCGAAAUUCGUGCAUGGACCAAUGUUUCUCAAGACUAUAACAAGACCAUGAAGAAGGAUUUGUUGAUUAGUAUUCUGGAAUCAACUUCCUCAGGAAAACAUGAAGAUUACAGGGAGAGUAGUGAGGAUAAGUUGGGAGAAAAGGUAUAUAAAUGGUUGCGGGGCAAAAAAUAUCUCGUUGUCAUGGAUGACAUAUGGGACAUUGAAGCUUGGAAUGAUAUCCAAAGAUCAUUCCCUAAGGAAUGCAAGGGGAGUAAAGUGUUGUUAACUAGUCGAUUACGUGUUCAACCAGAUAGCGUCCCCUACGUCCCUCAUUUUUUGGAUCCCUUACCAAAAAGUUACAGUUGGGAGUUAUUACAAAAGAAGGUAUUCGGGAAGAAACAAUGCCCACCGGAGUUGGUGGACAUCGGUAAGCAAAUGGCAGAAAAAUGUAAAGGACUACCACUCGCGGUUAUCACAAUAGCUGGCGUUCUGGCAAUGAAAGACAAGACACUCAACGUAUGGGAGAAAGUUUUCAAAAAUUUAAGUUCAAUCAUUGCGAAAAGUUCAGAGGGUUUCAUGGAGAUACUAGAACUUAGUUACAAUCACCUGCCUCUUCAUUUAAAAGCGUGUUUUCUUUACAUUGGAGGACACCCUGAAGAUUCUGAAAUCCUCGUACGCAAUUUGAUAUGGUUAUGGAUUGCAGAGGGAUUUAUUCAGCAGAGUGAUGAGGGGAAAAGCUUGGAGGCCAUAGCACAAGAUUACUUAAUCGAUCUUAUUGAUAGAAGUCUAGUAAUGGUAGCUAGGAAAAGUAAAUCCCAUGGAGGAAUUAAAGCAUGUCGUAUCCAUGAUCUUUUGCGUGAAUUAUGUUUGAAAAAAGCAGAGGAGGAUAAUUUUCUUGUGCAAAAUUACAGGGAUGAUUCUUUUUCACCUUCCGCUACAAAUAAGCAUCGUCGCCUCUUCGUUGGCCGUCAGUUCUUUUGUAAGCUUCCCCCAUGGCCUCGUGCUCGAAACCUUCGAUCUUUUAUGGGCCUCUCCUUGCCAAGUUCAUGGCUUGAACAGAAUCAGCCGUUCUUUGUUGAAAACUUUAAACUUCCCAGGGUGUUGCAUUUUAUCCCCGCUACAAGGCUAGGAGAAAUAGGAAUAGGAGAUCUAGUUCAAUUGAGAUACUUAGCACUUACGUAUACGUUACCAAUAGAAGUACUUUUCCAUGCACCAAAUUCUUUUCACUACCUCUCGAACCUAGAAACCCUUAUCCUCCAACCAGGUACAUUUAGGGGCAUGAUUUCGUUGCCUCGCUAUAUAGUUAAGAUGGUUAAGUUGAGGCAUCUAUAUACUGUAAAUGGGGUAUUCGAAUAUCAUCAUGUUUCUAAUUAUGAUGAAGAGGUGGGGAAUAUGUUGGAUAGCUUACAAACCUUGCACCGAAUGUGUAUUUGUGUGCAUUGCCUAUAUUUUUUGGAAAGGACUCCCAAUCUAAGGAAGCUAGGACUUUGUGGAGAUCGAGGUCAUUAUAUUCUCGCCGACCUAGAAUUCUUAAAAUGCCUUGAGAUACUCUCUAUCUUCUCCAGAAGCAUUAAUGGGCUGAAGCUUCCUCCUACUCUUACGCGGUUAACUUUGAAAUAUACGAGAUUGAAGUGGAAGAAGCUGUCAAUAAUCCUCCAAGCCCUACCGAGCCUUGAGGUUCUCAAAUUAGAUUAUGCCUGUAAGGGACCAGUUUGGAACACAAGUGAACUUGAGGAGGGGUUCUCUCAACUCAAGUACUUGAAGUUUGAAUGUCUGAAUAUCAAGGAGUGGAAUGCUUCUGAAGAUCAAUUUCCGAGACUUGAGGUCUUAGUGAUUCUAUGGUGUGGAGGACUGAAGCGGAUCCCGAUUGAUUUUGCUAAUCUAAACGAACUUCGCGAAAUUAGGAUUGAGCAGUCCAGUCGAUAUGCAGAGGAAUCGGCGAGGGAGAUUCAAGAAAAGCAAAGAAAUAGAAGAGGAGAUGAUGAUUGCCUUAAUAUUACAUGCAAGCGUAACCGGUAA